AGUCGCUAGAGGGCGCUUCACACGCGUUGGACGCGUCUUCGCGCAACUCCGUUAUAAUACUUUUUUUUUUGCAAGGGCAUUAGACGACGACGAAUCAUCAUCAAUCGUGUACCGCUUGUAUACCGCUAACUGCGUUCUCUCAAUCUAUCUUUCAUUACGUUAGACAGAGAAUAAUAGACGUUUAUAAAGCAAGUUACGACGGGCUUACGACGUUACACGAAGUUUUUUCAUUUAUUCGUCGUCAUUAUCGUUAUCAUCUAACUGUUCUUCUUCUACUAGGAGAGUUCAAACAUAACGGUUAAUCGUGUCCGAUCGUCGAUCGUUGUUUUUUCUCGAAGCUUGGCGGGAGUUUAGAAGUUGAACACAACUACGAAGAUAAAGUUAUUCGUCAAAAGCCUCUACGGGCCGUGUGCAAUAUAUAUAUAUAUAUAUGUACACAUACACACGUAUAUAUAUAUAAAUCAUUUCCCGAAGGCUUCUUUUACACGCAUCGUUUUUCGAAAGGAUCAAGGCUUAUUUUCCUCCUUUCUUUUUUUUUCUUUUUUUUUUUUUUUUUUGAAAUCUCGCGAGUGUUCUCGCUUCUCGUCGCGUGUGUGCCAAGAGAUAUACGAAGAAGACAAAAAGCGCGCGACGAGCCAGUUCGAAAUUCGCACGCGCGCUUCAACGCGUUCCAGCCUUUCGUCGUCAUCCUCCUUCUCCUCCUCCUCCUCCUUCUAUCUUUUCCUCCCUCUCUCGUCGUCGUCAUCGUCACCGUCGUCGUCGUCGUCGUCGUCACCGUCGUCGUCGUCGUCGUCGUCUCGCGGUGGCUCGCGCGCAAGUGCGUGCAACGUUGCCGGAUCAAAGUUCUCGCGGGCGCCUUAUGACGAAGAGGAGAAUCUAACGUGAGAAGAAAAUGUUACGAGGAAAGUGUGAGAGAGAGAAAGAGAGAUAGGACGAGUGUGUAUAUACAUAUAUACACACACAUAUACACGUAUCAUAUCAUCGAGGGAGAAAGUAAUAUUCUCGAAGGCAGAAGAUAGAAAAAACGAAAAAGACAAAGAGAGAGAAAGAGAGUGAGUGAGAGACAGACAGUGAGAGAGAGAUUGAGAGCGAGCGAGAGAGAGAGAGAAGGCGAAGGCUUCGUCGUCCUCGUUCGUGAACGUUGGAAGUUUGUUUUCAGCCUUUCCGUCGGUCUCUCGCGCUUGCCGCGUUGCCAGAUUUCCAAGCGACGAACCGUGUUCGUCGUGUCCCGCCGCGUACCGCCUCCCCCUCACCGUUCUACUCCUCCCCCCCCCCCCCUCAUCCUCCUCCUCCUCUUCCUCCUCGUCGUUGUCGUCGUCGUCGUCCUCCUUCUCUCUUAAAAACUCGCGAAACAUUUUCGUGAGAAACUUUACGUGCGUGUUGAAAAACAGGAUACAUACAUACAUAUAUAUAUAUAUGUACGAUUGGAAUAUACACUCAGUGAAAGGUAUAUCGGUGAUAUCGAUUAUCAAAAUCCGAUGUUUUCUAACGAUAUUAUUUGAUUGUUUUCGCGCGUGAUUUCUGAGUGCGCGAAGGAAAAAGAAAAUAGAAAAAGAAAAGAAGAAGAAGAAAAAAAAACAACAGAAGAGUUUCGCGAACGGCCCAGGAGGAAGGAACGCGCGCGGCCAUUAUUCGAAAUUCGGUUGGAUCGCGCGUUCGUGCGACGUUGCCGGCUGGUUUUUGUUAGACCGGGCGGCGCGAGUAUUUCAACGCGCUUUCGAGAGACACGACGAUUCCGAGAAGGAUAAUCAUCUCUCUUCUGUUGGGCGGUGGUGCGAGCGAGAAGAACGACGGUAACGAUCGAAGAAGAAGAAGAAGAAGAAGAAGAAGAAGAAGAAGAAGAAGAGACAGAAGAGAGCGAGAGAAAGAGUACGGUUUUAUGUGUCGGGUGAAACGAAUUUCGAUUACGUCGCGUCGACGCGGGCUUUCGAACGACGUCUCGGAAGAGUUAACAGUAAUUUCGUGAGAACGAAUAGAAAGAGACGGAGAAGAGACGGUGGACAGUACCACGUGAUCCAGAGAGGGAAAGAAAAUAUUCUACGAAGUAUAUAUACAUAUAUAUAUAUACAUACAGACAGCAUACGCGAUAUAUCGUGUUGUCGAGGAGAGAAAGAGAGAAAGAGAGAGAGAGAGAGCGACGUUGCCGCGCUCUAGAAAGAGCAACAACGAAAUAUGAGCGCACGAGUGUUGAAUCCGGCUAUGAUGACGGAAAUGAGUCGGAACUUAGGGGGAGGGCGAACGGUGCCGAGCAGGGCAGCUCUCGCGCGCGUUAGAAGGGAUCUCUUCGGUCCCGUCGACCAUGCCGCGGCUCGUGCAUUGGCCGAACGCGAGUUACGUGCACAAUCGUUGCUCGACAACGAACGUUGGGGAUUCGACUUUCACUUGGAAAUACCGAAAUCUAAUUCCCGAUACGAAUGGGAGAUCGUUACCGCUAAUGACGUCGUACCGGAGCCAUAUGCUCUUCGCGGUAUGCCGUAUUUGAGGAAACACGCGCCUUCUACUCCGAGAAAAAAACGGGAUGAAAACGUGCAGCAACAACAACAACAACAAUCAUUGAUUAUUACUAGUACUACUACUACGACGUCUACUCCUCCCCAACGAACGUUGAAUGGAACGACCAAUGUGAAGAAAGCAACGGCAGCAGCUACCACGGUCGUUGUCGUAGCUGCUUCUUCAACGACGUCGACGUCGACGACGACGGCGACGGCGACGACGAUAGCAUUCCCAACAACGACUUCUUCUCCUCCUCCACCUUCUAUCGUUGCCAAUGGGAAAUCAAAGAAAACUACUACUACUCCCCAACGUACCGAGGACAAAUUGGUAUCCGUUGUUGUUCCAACCGACGAACUUCUCGAUGAGAAUACCGAGUCCGAAAGGACGCCGCCUCAACGAGAACGAUCAAGGGUACCGGAGAUCGGAGAAAUUACGCCGAACGAGACCUCGUCGUUCGAUAAUAAUUCCUUCGAGAGUGCUAGGAAAAAGAAGUACUCGAUCGAAUCUACCAACACCACCCCUGUAUUACCAACGAACACGAGGAAACAGUCGACGAUUACCCACUUCAUGAAGAGCCGUAAACGUAGCCUAAACGGUAGCACGAAGAGUGUAAUAGAACCACCGGAAAAGGUUGCACGUAAUGCGGGACAAAUACGCAGCUAAAGAGCCUUCGGCAUUCUCCUUCAGCCUCGCCAUUAAUUUUCUACCAUUUUCUUCGAUGGACCACAAUAUUCACCGAAUAAAAAACUCUUAUUCGCAAUGGCAAAUUGCGAAACUAUGGAUCGUGAACAAGAACAAAAUGAAGAGAAAAAGAAAAGCAGAAAACAACAACAACAAUAAUAAUAUUAAUAAUAAUUAGAAUCAUAAUCAUAAUCAGAAUCAAAAUCAUAAAUGAACUCUCAUUUCAUUCUCUAAGGGGAGAAAAUAAUUAGAAAUGAUAGAAAUUAUAUAACUAUAAGAUAUUGAAGGUAUUGAAGAUAAUUAAGAUAAGAUUAAAAUGAAGAGAAGAUAAGAGGAAGGAAGGACACAUUCACACACACACGCACACACACACACGCGCGAAAAAGAAGAAGAGGAAGAAGAAGAAGAAGAUAAAUUGGGGCGAGGUCCUUUAGGCUGUGCCAUUCAUAUAGAUUUUAUCCCCAGCCCACGAAUACGUCGGCAAAAAAAGAAAGUAAUGACAAAGACGAAACAAAAAAAAAGAAAUAUACAAAAAAACGAAACGAAUCCGUGAAAAAUUACUAAACGAAAUUAAUAUAUAUAUAUAUACAUAUAUAUUUUUUUUUCAUUUUUAUUUUUAUUUUUUUAUUAUUAUUAUUAUCUUUUUUUUUUUUUAAAUACUUUUCCUCUCAAUCGUAUAUCUUUCUUUUUUAAUUUUUUUUAAAACUUUUAUUCCCCAUAAUUAAAGUACCACCGUAUGUAUAGUUUUUUUUCGCGUUCGUGCGGUACAAUUUUCGUGUAUACAAUUCUGAUAUCCUCCGAGUAAAAAGAUUAAAGUAGCACCAUAAGACAGCUAGUAAAUAGUAUCGACAAUAUCGGUAGCAACAGCAGCAGCAACAUAAUAUAUAUAUAUAUAUAUAUAUAUAUAUAUAUAUAUAUAUCUAAGAUAAAUAAAGAGAAACGACGACUUUCGAUGAAAAAAAUUAAAUAAGAUAUUGAUAUAUACGUAUACGUAUAUGUGUAUGCAUAUGCAUAUGUAUAUGUAUAUGUAUAUGUAUAUGUAUAUGUAUAUAAAAGGAGAGGGUGUAUAUUUUGUCAAGGUCGUCGAUAUUUUUUUAUCAUUCACAUGGGCUUUUUCUUGCAUAAAUGUUUAAGUAGAUUAAUAACUACGAUUCGGUCAUAUAUAUAUGUAUAUGUAUAUCUAUAUGUAUAUAUACAUGGAAUGACGAGGAUGUUGAUCACGCCGAUGUUAACAAUAAUGAUGAUGAAUAAUGAUUAUACUUAUGAUAAUGGUGGUGAUGGUGAUGAUGAUGGUGAUGAUUAUGAUGAUGAUGAUGGUGGUGAUGAUGAUGAUGAUGAUGAUGAUUAUGAUGCUGAUAAUGAUGCUGAUGAUGAUGAAGGUGAUGAGGUUGAUGUUGAUGUUGGUAACAGCAAGAUUGAAAGGAUGAUUAAGGAAUGAGAAAAAAACAAUUAGUAUAGGAGUGCUCUGUUCGUCGAAAUUAAUUAUUAUUGUAAUAUAUUCUACAUAUUUUUAUUAUUUUUUUUUCUUUUCUUUGUCUCGGACAUAAACAAAAGAUCAUUGAGUAAUUAAGAUUAAGAGUUAAGUGUGUUUGUUUGAUGGGGUAUGUACGAGCAAAUUGAAUGAAUGAAUAAAUGAAUGAAUGAAUGAAUGAAUGAAUGAAUGAAUGUCAAGUAGGGUUUUGUGUUUCAGAGUAUGAUUUAAGAAACGUGUAUAUGUGUGUUUGUGUUCUAGAUUAAUAUUAUAUAGGAAUUAGAUAUUGAAAAGUAGGAUUUAAGUUGAGAAAAAAGAGAAAGAGAUACAUGGAAUUUUCAUUGUAUUACAUAUAUAUAUAUAUAUAUACCUAUGUAGGUAGUAUAUUUUUCUAUAUAUAUAUGUGUGUGUAUAUGUGUGGUGUGCGUGAGCGUGUGCGUGUGUUUAUGUUUGUAUGUAUUAGGAAGGAAAGAGGCAAUUUAGGCUGGUCUGAGAAUUUUUCUAAGUCUUACUCGGUCGUCCUACAUUCCACGAACGUUCGAUGACCUUUCUUAACCUCCUCGAAGGUUCGUGGAACUUAACGUGCGCGUGCGAGUAGUCUCUUAACAAAGACAAAGAGAAGAAGGGUGGAAGAAGAAGAGGAAAAAGAAAAUUAAAAAAGAAAAAAAAAAAACGAGAGGAAAAAAAAAGAAACGAAUCCCCUUUCGCUUUAGUUUCGAUCGAAUUCAUAUUUGAUGUCUUCGAAAUUAAUGCGAAUGGUGUAGAAUAUUUCUGGGGUAAUUGUGCGUGAUUCAAGGACACAGCCGGCAGCCUCGAGAGAUAUGACGAUGAUUGCGAACUAGGAAAUGCAUUGUUUAGGCUUAGCCUCCCGUACUUCGUUACCCUAUAAUUAUUAUUUUUUUUUCUUCUUUUUUUCUUUUGUAUUCUUUUUUUUUUUAUUUUGUUUUGUUUUUUCUCUCCAAGCAUUGAUCUCCUGUACAAUUAAAAAACAAGAAAGUACAGCCGAUGCCAAAUCACCCCCGCGAUCUUCUUUCUUGUACCUUCGAAGCCAACCUAACUGAGCUAACUGAGAUAAUUGAAAAAGUGAAAGAAAGAUAUAACGGACUUUGUUAUCCUCAACUAUAAUCACAUAAAAGAGAUCUUUUUUUAAAACUUCAAAAGGGAAAAAAGAAUAUAGCUACAGAGAGAAAAAUGCGUUUUUGAAAAAUUAGUUGAGAUAUUUUUAAUAAUUAAAAGAAUUAAUAAUAAUGAUAAUUAUUAUUAUUAUUAUUUAUAAUCAUAAUGAAGAGAAUAUCUUGAUUGUUUUUUAUUCAAAGAUAUACUAAAAAAAAAUAUAUAUAUAUAUAUAUUCCUUCUUGAAUCAAAACUGAAUGAGUGUACAUUAUUAUUAUUAUUACUAUAUAUACACACAAAUGUCCGUUUAUCUUUUUUUGCUCGACUUUCCUCCUGAUUUUUCACUAAGCUUUUUCCCCUGCCCACCACACCCCCGCCCCAAACUUCCCUCAAAAUCUUUUAGAGAGAUUAUAUUUGCAAAAUAAGAAAGAAAAAGAAUGUUAAUAGGACUGGUGGUUACAAAGGUAUUUAUAUUUUUCAGUAGAGAGAAAGAGAGAGAGAGAGAGAGAAAGAGAGAGAUCACUAUUUCAAACGUGUGUUUUGUUGUUAGAGGGUUGUUAGUGUAUUAUUUCCACUAAUACACAUUAAUCACAAAAUAAUGCUUCUUCCACGAGAGUGCCAUGGCAAGAGGUCGAAUCAAAAUCGCGUGUUUCUUUUGCGUUUAGAAAUAAAGACGUUUCCACGUCUCUAAAAAAAAAAGAAAGAUUUUUUUUUCCUUUUUUUUCCCCUUUUUUUCUUUUUUCUUUAUCUAUGUAUUCGUUCACUCGUUUCUUUCUAUUCCUUUUUUGUUUAUUCUUUGUUUAUAUUUUUUUUGUUCUUUUUUCCCAAUUCGUCGAUCGAAUUUUGUAAUUUUGUUCUAAUAAAUUUAUAGCUAAGACCAACUCUCAGCUAAAUGACCAUGAUUAAUAUAUUUGUAAAGUAAUGUUUAUUAUAAUUAUAAUAAUAGUAAUAAUAAUUAAUUAUUAUUAUUAUUAUUAAUAUUAUUAUAUUAUUAUUAUAUUAUUAUUAUUAAUAUUAUUAUUGUACGCAAGCCCCAGCCCACCACGCGCACAUAUAAGUGUUGUAAUUUCGUGAUGAUUGUCCUUCCUCCCUAUCCCCCACAAUCCAACCCACCCCUGAGCCCCCCUUUUUGUGUCUAAACAUCUGACAAAUGGCAGACCUCUAUUAUUUUUUCUUUUUUUUUUUUUUAAUUAAUUAAUUUUUUUGUUUUAAUUUUUUAUCUUGUCAUCGUGGAACUCGCAUGCAAUUGGCUAUAUAAAUUCAUAAUGUCUGUGGAAUCUCGGAUUAAUUAGAGGUAUGCCAUUUUUAAAAAGAAGAAUGAUUGAAACAAAAUAUGCAUAACGUUUCUAUGUGUAUAUAUGUAUAUAUAUAUAUAUAUAUAUAUAUACACAUAUAUAUAUAUAAUAUAUAUAAGAAAUGAAAAACAAGUGGAAAGUCUUAUGUCUAUGUAACCCUGUGAUGUAUUAGUAUGAUCUCAGUAAACAUAACUUAGUAUGUACUUCUUAAUUGUAUAAUUAGAUUAAUUAUACUCGACCUUAGUGUGGUUUUUUUUUCUUUGGCAGAAUCUUUUGUGUAUGAAUGUGUAUGUGCGUGUGUGUGCAUAAGUAUAACGUAUGUGAGCAUGACAUGAGUAUCUGCAUAAGCGUAAGGGAUGAAAAAGAAAGUUAGUGAAAGAGAGAAAGAGAGAGAGAAAGAGAAUGUGUGAAGGAAAAAAAGGGAAAGAAAGGACAACUCCCAGUGAAUCAAGAGCCUCAAUUUUCUAGACCGGUAUUCGUGGUAUAUAAGGAUUUAUAUGUUUAAAGGCGACACUAUAUAUAUAUAUAUAUAUAUAUAUAUAUAUAUAUAUAAUCAUAUUAUAUAUAUAUAUAUUAUCAUGUAUAAUUAUUAUAUAAACAGUAAUCGUAAGAGAGUCUAAAAAACUAACAUAAGUAAUUAAAAAAAGCAGCGGCUAUUGUUUAUUAAGAAAAGAAUUAUCUAUAAAAGAGAAAAGAAAAACAAAAAAAAGAAAAUACAAUUAAACAGAGAAGGUUAAUCCUUUUAUUUCUG